AUGACUUUGCUGAUAAAAUAUCAUAAUAAUAAAAUUAAUUCUAAUUAACGUCAACUUGUAUUUAAGUUUGGAUAAAAUUUUUACAAAAUUUUUCAUGCCCCGCUAAUGGGAUAACGUUUGAAUUAUAUUUUGCUUUCGUUCGUAGAAAUGUUUAAAAAUAGAAAAAUUUAAUUAUACUGACAUUAAACAUUACUUAUCGCAAUAGAAUAAUUUAGUGACCUUUGUAUAAUUUCCAGUUUUUGAUAAGUGCUUAUAAUUAAAAUAUCACGACUGAAUAAUAGAAAGUGAAUAAAACAAAAAAAAAAAUAAUAAUAAUAAUUAAAUUACUUAAGCAUUUGAGGUUUGCAAACAUCUUUUCUAAAAAUGGAUAUAACCCUUAGUUUUAUCGAUCUAAUUAAAUUAGGCAUCAAAUUUAUUUCUCACAGAUUGCAACAAUAUUAUCUGACUACUAAUGAAUAUGAAAUAAUUAAUACGCUUUAUGGCCGUGUGAAAGGGGUGAAGCGUGUUACAGUAUACGAUAAGUUUUAUUAUGCUUUUGAAGGUAUACCGUACGCUAAGCCGCCCAUAGGAGAAUUGCGAUUCCGUGCACCACAACCGCCCGAAUCGUGGAAGAAUGUCCUCGACUGCACUAAUUGUCGCAAUAAACCUAUGCAAAAGCAUAUGGCAAUAAAAUACAUUGAGGGUUCAGAAGAUUGUCUAUAUCUUAAUGUAUAUACCAAGAAGCUAAAUAGCCAAACGCCAUUGCCGGUUAUGGUUUGGAUCUACGGUGGUGGUUUUCAAAUAGGAGAAGCGACACGUGACGUCUAUGCUCCGGAUUACUUCAUGUUUAAGGACGUUGUGUUUGUUACCUUAAACUAUCGUCUUGGAAUUUUUGGAUUCUUAAGUUUUAAUGAUCCUGAAUUAGAUAUACCUGGUAAUGCUGGUCUUAAAGAUCAAGUUAUGGCUUUACGUUGGGUCAAGGAUAACAUACAUCAUUUUAAUGGUGAUCCCGACAAUAUAACGCUGUUCGGAUUAAGUGCAGGAGGAGCCUCUGCACACUUCCUCAUGUUAAGCGAGCAGGGACGUGGCCUCUUCCACAAAGCCAUUUUACAGUCCGGUUGUGCUUUAAAUCCUUGGGUUAACACAACAUUAGCUGAUAGGAAUCAUCGUUUGGCCUGCUCUCUUGGCUACCAGGGUAAUAACAACGACCGGGAUAUUUAUCGAUUUCUAAGCAAAAUAGAAGGGAAACGUUUAGCAGAUCCGGAGGCUCGUCUUUUAAACAAAUCAGAGCGUUUCAAUAAUAUAAUGACCUUAUUUGUUCCUGUGGUGGAACCUUAUGAAACUGCUCAGUGCAUUAUUAGUAAGCCCUACAAAGCAUGUAUGCAGGAAGCUUGGAGUAAUCAUAUACCAAUGAUAAUUGGCGCUACAUCUUAUGAAGGCCUUUUCUACAAAAAUAUCGUUGGUUUACAUCCCUUCCUAAUUGAAGAAUUGGAUGAUUGCUCGUCAUUGUUAAUGCCAGAAACAAAAAUAUCAGAAGAUCCACAAGCGAUACAAAAAAUGGCUCUAGAACUUAAGAAUACCUAUUUCAAAAAUACAAAAUUAUCCGUUGAACAAAACUUACAUGAAUAUUUACACUUGAUGUCGCACCGAAGUUUCUGGCAUGGUAUACAUCGAGUCAUAUUAGCACGUCGCAAAUAUGCUCCAUUUACCAACACAUAUUGUUAUCGUUUCGAUUUUGAUUCGGAAUAUUUUAAUCAAUUUCGUUUAUUGAAAUGCGGUUCCGGAGUACGAGGAGUUUGUCACGCCGAUGACCUUUCCUAUCUCUUCUAUGACGUGAUGGCGACUACGUUAGACAUUAAUACCAAUGAAUAUAAAACUAUAAAAAGAAUGGUAGGCAUGCUGUACAAUUUUGCCUUAAAUUCAGAUCCUAACUGCCCGGAAAUACAACCAAUUGAAUGGCAACCAGUGCAGAAGGGUCCAGAGGCUUACAAAUGUUUGAAUAUUGGUGAAAAACUGGAAUUUACAGAGUUACCCGAGCUUAAUCAACUAAAAUUAUGGGAUUCAUUUUAUGAAAAAGUGGGCCUAAUAUAAAAUACUAAGCAAUAUUAGUAUAACUGUCCGAAUAUAUGGUUUACAUUUCAUAAGAAAUCCUUAAGAAAUAAGGGGAAGAAGCUGGUGGUGGAUGUUACUUUUAAAGGAAAAAAGAGUUUACAUGAAAUCAAUUUAAUUGCAACUACGAAAGUGUGAAUCAUAUAUUCGGACAAAAGGUUAUCUACCAUAACGCAAAGAAAUUUUUCCGAAAAAGGACUACAAAUUUCGAGUGAAAAAUCACAAAUCCUAACAAAAAGGACAAUAAACGAUCAGAUAUAUGAAGAAAUGUUAA